CAAUAUGGUAAUGUCAUCACACUCGUCAUUUACGGUAAAAACAAAAACUCGAGCGGAAAUAAAGUUAGCUUCGGAAGAAAGGAUAAAGAACAUGGGCGAAAGUGCAGCUCGGCCCGGAGAUCGCCGCUGCCUGAAGGACAUCGAACCUCGUCUUUUUUCUGAUGACGGCAGACCAGAACAGGGUGGAGUGGUGGAGCUUUAUGGUCCAGAGGGCACAGGCAAGACAGAGCUGCUUUACCACCUGAUAUGUCGCUGUGUGCUACCGAAGAGUGCUGGUGGACUAGAGUUGGACGUCAUGUUUGUGGACACUGAUUAUAGUUUGGACAUGUUUCGACUGGUCAGCAUCCUGGACAGCAGGCUCAACAAAGCUCUCCCUAAAAGUUCACCCUCUGCUGGAUCAGACGAAGAGGCACUACUGCGUUCAUGUCUUUCCCGACUUCUGGUUGUCCACUGCUCCUCUUCUGCACAGCUCCUUCUAACGCUCCACUUCCUGGAGAACUCUUUCUCAUCAAGGCCUAGCCUGGAGCUACUCCUCAUUGACAGCAUCUCUGCUUUCUACUGGCUGGAUCGCUGUGAAGGUGGACCCAGCUUUUCCAAGCAGGAAGAGAAGCUCAGCAAGUGUUCAGAUCUGCUAAGUCGACUACUCAGGGACUACAGAAUUACUGUCUUUGCCACCUGCCAUUCCAUCAGGAGGGUCCAAACGGGGCUGUCCUCCUCAGCCUCUUUGUCAUACUCGUCUGACUCUGACAGAUCAUACCUCUGUCGCUCCUGGCAACGCCUGGUCACCCACCGUCUGAUGUGCUUCCGACAGGAAGCUGCAAAUAACACGUCUGAUGAAGCAGGAAGCAGCAUCCAGCAGAGGAUACAGCAAGUCUUCAGGGUCCACUGCAUCUCCUCCUUUUCAUCUUCUGGAUCAAAACCUUACAAGACCAACUCAUUUUAUGUGACAGAUGCAGGAGUAGAGUUCACCUCAGUCUGACGUAUUUGGAGGUGUUGGGAUGUUUUAUAGAGCUUGGGAUGUUUGGUGACCCUGACACUCAGAACUAAAUGAAAUCAAACAACUGUGUCACACAUCUGUUCUGGAAACUUUGUCAGAGUUCUGCAAGUCUUUAGAAGUGAUUACUUAAUAAAUUGAUAUGCUGUAUGAUCUCCUAAAAGAUGUUCAGGUGUUAAGGUGUAAGCUGAUUAAAACUGUUGGGUUGAUGCUACUUCGUGUGAUCAGAUGGUGCCACUGAGUCAAUUUUGAGGGAUGAGUUCUUCAUGCUUUCAUAUAAGAUAUUUCAUCCUACAGGUUUAGUGUAGCAGUCUGCUUAAAAAGUUGAGCUGCACAGGUACAAAGUUGGGCUGUUCUUACAUAGGUAAUAAUAGCAAGCAGGUGAUUCUACUGUGGAAAUCGUUUUAAGGCAGCAAGAUGUCUCAGCUUUCUUGUGUGUUUAUGUGUAGCAAGGAGGUUAUUUUGUAAUAAUAACAGCAGUUUUAAAUUGUUUUAUCAGUUCAGAUUUUAGGAUUGAACCGUUCCACUUUUAUGUCUUACUAUAAUACUAUAAUGGGUUGGUGAACAAUAGUGCUGACAAAAGUAUUGUUUUCUGUCCGUUGUAUACCCAAGCAAAUAGUUUUUUCCUCGUUCCCCUGCAGGAGGUGCUAAAAACGCGGUUGUAAUGUAAUGGCCUCUUAAACAUUAACAAGUAAUACAUUUAGCGUUGGAAACUAGUAAAAACAUACCGACUAUUACAAAACCACGUCAUUACAGCUGUAUCCCGGAAUACUGGUAUUGGUCAAAUAUAUUACAACAUUGAAAUAAAAAAGAAUAACAAAGA